AUGCUCCAUUCAAAAGGCAUCCGAGUCACUUCAGAACCCGAGAAGUUCCCCCCUGCCCCCUUUUACACCCACAGGCCUCCCACAACAUGGCGCUCAGACAUGAUGCAGUCCAUCAAAAGGUGGCUUACCAUGUGCUGUGGCAGCCGCGCAGCCCACAAGACGAGCGACGCCGCGAUUUGGAAACUAGAAGAAGGGACAAACAACAUGGAGGAGGACUGUGAGCCGCUGAUUGAAGGAGGA